GGAUCUCUCAGUAGUGCCGUCCGUACGUACGUAGCAAGCUCUUGAGCAUUGACGCGAGCGCACCGCGCCAGCCAUCCGUCCAUCCAUUCAUUCAUUCACUGCUUACCAUCCGUGCCCGUUUCUCUCCGUCACGCCUCUCCGUCUCCCGCAUCACCAGACGCGCUUGCUCAACCGCCGGACGCCAGAUCGCCCGAACCCAUUACCUGACGAAGCACCCGUCUCACGUAGCACGGCCCUCGCAGCUUGGCCUGUCUGUCUCUCAACGCACACGCCCCCCCGGACGCCCUGUCUCGAGCCGGCGGCAGCACCUCUUUCGACCGGCAUCGUGCAGGCGAAGAGCGCGGCGCGGCGCGGCGCCCAUGCGCAGACUGAGUGCCCCCGCGGCGACGCUGACCUGAAUCGUGGGCGACGACGAAGAAGACCCACGACUAACAGCUACGAUAACGAAGACGACGGCCACGGUGCGAGAAGCUACUACCCAUCGCUGCCCGCCGGCUGACAGACGUGACGACGGUCGCCGAGACGUUGCCAGCUGCGACGAACUCAAUCGGGAGCGACCCAACCGCGCUUGCAACGAACGCUUGCACCGCCUGGGACGCACCGCGACGCAACGCACCCCCAACGCACCGCAUCGCACGCCGCCUUGCCUGCCCUCUCUCUCACCCGUCGGGCGGCCGCUGCAGGCUUGCAGCUUUUACCGAACAAGGCGCGGUACCUUGCCUGAGGUACCUUGCCUGCCCUACCUACCUCACCGUGCCUUUCAUCCCGACUGCACGCACUCCAACACACCUCAGAGCCCUGGAGGUCUGGCGCCACCAGUGACGGCCCUCCCCUCCACCGCACCACCCGCUGGCGUCCCGCCGCCAGCUGCGCGCGCCCCAAAAAAAAAAAUAGAGAGCCCGGGCCCUGAAUCAACCCGCUGCAGCGCAGCGCUCCGCAACUGGACGCAGGAGCCAUAGAGGCAGGCAGAACUUGAGGUGCCCGCCCGCCCCUCCUCCUCCUCCGCCCACUCGCACGCACGCACGCUCGCCCGCCCACCUCCAUCGCCCUCUGGCCCCCUCCCCAAAGAGCGCCCACCCGCCCAUCCAAACGCAGGCCCGCAAGGACCGCUUUUUUUCCUCUCCUCGCACACCCUUCGUCCCCUCUGGCCCCCCCGUCCGCCCAAGCAGCAGCAGCAGCAGCAACAGCCGCCGCCGCCGCUCGCUCCCCCUCUGAGACCUAUUAGGCAAGGGUUGGUCACUAUCAUGGACAGCCAGAGCUCGUCUUUCAACGGCACCUCGCAACGUCGCAGGCUCGUCAAGAAACCUCCUCCCUCCUCCUCCACAACAGCCGCCGCCGCCGCCUCGCCAUCCUCCUCCUUCCACCAGCACCACCACACGCACCACCACGCCUACGCCCGCUCCUCGUCCGGAUUCGACACCCAGUCCAUCGACAGCCAGCGCAGCUCCCAGAGCCUGCGGCGUGCCCCGAGCGCUCCGCCCGUGCGGUCCUCUGCUUCCAACACGUCCAACAACAGCUCCUCCUCUCCCCGACACCCACCUGCCGCGCAGUGGUCGUCGAACCCGUCCCCCGUCCUGCAGCAGGGAGACUUUUCUGGUACCGCCGCCGCCGCCGCAGCAGCAGCAGCAGCCUCCUCUUCAUCGUCGACGACGUCGCCGCCGCCGCCGUUUGGCACCGCCUACACCAUCGCCGCCGCCGCCGCCACGCCGCUGGCCCAUCGCCCGAACCGCCUCUCCGAUCCUCACCUCAGCCGCCUGAGCCAAACGGCGUCCGACGACUUCAUCGGCGCGCCUUUCGACGGCGCCGCCAUCCUGAGCCGCAUCGAGGCCACCAAGAUCUCGAGCCCCCGAUCCUCAUUCCAGCGACCCCCCCACGCUGCCCCGCCCACCCUCGUCAAGGCUGGCACCGACUCUCGCCUCGCGAGCCCCGCCCUGCGCUCCUCGGUGAGCUUCAGCAACAUGGACCCCUCCAUCGUGGAAAAGGUCCAGGGCGGCCGGGUCCCCGAGUCCCAGGUCACCAGCCCCAAGCGGUACUCGGACGAGGGCAAGGACGCCAAGCCCGGUGUCCUGCGCAAGAAGUCCGGCUUCUCCGCCAUCGUCAACAGCCUCGUCGGUUCCCAGAAGAAGCCCGUCAUUUCCGCACCCGAGAACCCCGUCCACGUCACCCACGUCGGCUACGACAGCGCCACGGGGCAAUUCACGGGCUUGCCAAAGGAAUGGCAACGGCUGAUCAACGAGAGCGGCAUCCCCGAAAAGGAACGGCGCGAGAACCCCCAGACCAUGGUCGACAUAUUGCAGUUCUACAAGGAGACGCAAGAGCGGCCGCCCGAAGACCAGAUACUCGAAAAGUUUCACCACGCAGGCACCUCGGAUAUGCGGGGAUAUGCCACGCCCCCUUCAAAUCCGACCUCGCCCGCCAUGUAUCCCACAAACUAUAUGGGGAGCUUUGAGAACCCCCGGCCGCCGCCCCCCGUGCCGACGAGCAGAAAUCAGGGCCUGGGCAUCGCCGGCAAGGACAUGAUGCCCAAUCGCCCGGCGCCGAAGCCGCCCGUGAGCAUGAACAACCGGCCCCUACCCCCCAACGCGUACACGACCAAGGACUCGGGCAUCGGCAUGUCGCAGCCUGCCGACGACAUGUCGCCCGGCGGCUUCGGCCAGGUCAAGGACGUGCCGAUGCUCCCCGAGGAGCACCGAUCGCGGUCCAACUCACGCGCCAACGGACAGUCGCCAUACAGCCCGCCGACGCCCCAGAUGACGCAAGCCGCUCAGGCGACGGCGUACCAGCAGCAGCUGAUGCAACAGCAGCAGGAGCAGGCCCUGGCGCAGGCGCAGGCGGCCAUGUCGGGUCACGUCGGCCGCGUGCCCAGCAAGCGCCAGCCCCCGCCCCAGGCCGUCCCGAGCCCUCAUCACGCGCCCCAAUACGCGCGGACGCCUGAGCACAACGGCCACCAGGGCUCACGCCGGCAGCCGAGCCCCGGCGGCGGCGUGCCCGGGGCUAGGCCGCGGCACCGACCCCGGCAGAGCAACGGCUUCGACGUGGUGGCCUCGCUCAAGCGCAUCUGCAACGAGGGUGAUCCGCGGGAGGUGUUCCGCGGCUUCACCAAGAUCGGCCAAGGCGCGUCUGGCGGUGUCUUCACGGGCUACGAGCGCGGCACGAACCGCCUCGUCGCCAUCAAGCAGAUGAACCUGGAGCAGCAGCCCAAGAAGGACCUCAUCAUCAACGAGAUCCUCGUCAUGAAGGACAGCUCGCACCCCAACAUUGUCAACUUCAUCGACAGUUACCUGUGCGGCGGCGAGCUGUGGGUCGUCAUGGAGUUCAUGGAGGGCGGCAGCCUGACCGACGUGGUCACCUUCAACAUCAUGACCGAGGGCCAGAUCGCGUCGGUAUGCCGCGAGACGCUCAAGGGCCUACAGCACCUGCACUCCAAGGGUGUAAUCCACCGUGACAUCAAGUCGGACAACAUUCUACUCUCCAACGAAGGCAGCAUCAAGCUGACUGAUUUCGGCUUCUGCGCCACCAUCAACGAGGCCCAGAACAAGCGCACGACAAUGGUGGGCACGCCCUACUGGAUGGCGCCCGAGGUGGUGACGCGCAAGGAAUACGGCCGCAAGGUGGACAUUUGGUCGCUCGGCAUCAUGGCCAUUGAGAUGAUUGAGGGCGAGCCGCCGUACCUGACCGAGUCGCCCUUGCGGGCGCUGUGGCUGAUUGCCACCAACGGCACACCGCAGAUCAAGAACGAGCAGGACCUGUCGCCCGUCUUCAAGGACUUUCUCUACUUUGCGCUCAAGGUGGAUCCCGAGAAGCGGGCGAGCGCUCACGACCUGCUAAGGCACGAGUUCAUGAAGCAAUGCGUCGAUCUGGGCCAGCUUGCGCCUCUCGUCCGAGCCGCGCGCGAACAGCGAGCCCAAGAAAAGGCCAGGAAGCAGUAGCGCUGAUUCCUGCCCUGCCCUGCUCAUCUCCGGCUUGUUGAGGCUGGCCGUUGUUGAUUUGGUGCCAUUCACGCAUGCGUCCUACCCAAACCUUGUCUCCGAGCAUUAGCGAGCCUCUGGACCCGAGUCCAGUUUAUGAAGGUGGUCUGAAGAAGAUACGACACGAUAUGCCCACAUACGGGCCGGCCUGUAUGGCGUCGGAUGCGCCACUCUCGGCGGCCCUGGGAAUGUUGCCGGCCUGGAUAUGCAUGGGGCCGAGAUGGUGACGGACGAGGCUCGGAGUGGCCAGGCAGUCCCGCCGUGCUCGAUGCAGCCACAUGUGAACAGCUAGUUCCCUUACUACAUAGACGUGCAUUCGCAACCCUUUUUUUUGUACUCUCUUCUUGCUUUUUGGGCCCAAGGAGCCGCCGGGGGCGUGGGACUCUGGCGGCCCCGACACACGGCACUGGAUACCAAAGGCAGCGAUGCCUGCCACUCUACCACCUAUUCUCUUGUUCGCGGGCCUCGCUGCCCGGCUGACGAAAUCGACUACGCAAGCGGCGGCGGUUUGCUUUGACGUUGGGGGAGAAAAGGGAAUGGAAACGGGAG